GGGGAGUAAUCUAAAGCUCUAAUCCAUCAAACACGCUCCAAAGCUGGACUGUUGUUUUUGAACUUUGAACUCUCUAUGUGAGAGAGAGAGAGAGAGAGAGAUGGGAAGAAAACCAUGCUCUGAUAAAGAAGGGCUAAACAGGGGAGCAUGGUUAGCUUGGGAAGAUAAAAUCCUUACCAACUACAUUGAAACAAAUGGAGAAGGAAAAUGGCGAGACCUUCCUCGAAGAGCUGGGUUAAACCGGUGUGGAAAGAGCUGCAGACUGCGAUGGUUGAACUAUCUGAGGCCUGACAUUAAGAGAGGUAACAUUUCCAGUGAAGAAGAAGAGCUCAUCAUUAGACUACAUAAGCUUCUUGGAAACAGGUGGUCAUUGAUCGCUGGAAGACUGCCGGGACGAACCGACAAUGAGAUCAAGAACUACUGGAACACCACUCUGAGCAAGAAAACGGAGCAAGGAAGCGACAAGGCUCCUCAUCAUGAACUUACUAGUACUACUAACUCAAAAGAGUACACACCAAAACCGAAACCAGCAUCAAAGUCUCAUCAGACGGUCCAGGUGAUUCGAACGAAAGCGUUUAAGUGCAGGAAGGUUGUCAUCCCAUCACAUUUGGACGGUCACGAUCAAAUGAUUGAUAGGUUAAAUGUAAACCCUGGUUUGUUCCCGUGGGAAAGCCCGAGUUCAUCAGCGUCUCAGGAUCCGCAGGAGGACUCACCGCCUUGUGGUUUUCUCAUAGAUUUCGAUAUCGAUGACCUUUUCAUAUCUGAUUUAUUAAAUACAGAUAAUUUUCUCCAAGAUCAAAUCAAUAAGUGUGAUCAAGAAAUGGAAAAUGGAAUCACCAAGCUUGAAGGUUUGAUGGGUGAAGCAAUGUUGGAAAAUUGGACCGCUAGUGUUCAUGAUCAUCACGAUGACCAGAUAUUUCAGCCAAAUGAUGAUCAUGAUCGUGUCCAUGGCCUCAAUGCAACUUCAUCUGUUCUGAAUUUAGAAGACGAUCAUGAAAAGUGGAGCAGUAAUUAGUUAAAAUGGAUCAAACCCUGCAAGCUAGCUAGCUAGGGCUAAUAUUAAUGUUGACAAUAAAACAUUCCUUAAAUUAAUUACGAGAGAUCAUUUUCGUAAUUAGAUUCUGUUUUAUUUGAUUUGAAUUGGUCAAUAAGUGGGAGACAUGUACUUUCUUUUUUGUUAUGGCUAGUUUCAGUAUAUGGAGUAUAAUGCACAUAAGCAUACUAUAUACAAAAAUGCUACUUUUGCCACAAGUACUUGUACCAUCAUUUGGUAUAUUUUUUUAACAGAGAUGGAACCCACAUGUAUUUGUGGACUCUUCUUUUGCUAGAGAGAUGAUACAAAUAUAAGGUAAGUGUAACAUUACUCUACUAUAUAAAAGAAUAAAGACAAGUCUCCAA